AGCAUGCGCUAUAUAACCACCCUGUUGCUUGCUCGUGGACUCGCGAUAGCUUCAUUCUUUGUAGACAGUCAAGAUUCCUUUUUCAGCCAUCGCUUUCUGCCUAAGGGACUUCAACGCAGCUGCAAAGAUGUCAUAUCCCGAGUCUAAUGUACCAUAUAACAAGAACCAAAUUUUCUUUAUCGUCGAUAACCAAACCCCAUUCACCCUAGUCCCAAACCCAACAACAUUCAGUGACUGGGGAGAUUUCGGGGCAGGCCCGACGACAAUCAAGCCUUUUCAAAAGGGAGAUGCGGGUCAUCUAAUAUCGUCGAGAUCACCUUUCGUUGGGUCCGCAGGCAUAGUCGGAUACUCACUCACCAGCAAAAAUGGCGCCACUGUCUAUAUUCGCUUUCUUGCAAGUAAUCCAUACUUGAGCGUCCGAGACAACUGGGCGUGCGUCUCGUUAUCUUCCAUCGAUCAGGGCAUCAACCAAGAUACUUAUAAUUACCAUUACUACAAUGAGCCCCAGCAUGCCAGCAUGUCUUUUGAAGAGCGGACUCUUAACCUUACUUCAAAUAUUGGUCAUGCAGACCGGGCGACGGCAACGUUCGUUUUGACAUAUGUGGUCCCAGAUAUAUACCAGUCUUCGUUUGUCAAUCAAGGCUAACGCGUAGCGAGCCACAGACUUUAAAUCUAUGAACUUGACUCGCGGUUGAACUUUUUAGGCAUUACAGUCGCAAUGGGAUGACACAAGAGGUUGAGCCAAUCAAGUCGUUAAUAUCAUAAAAUA